UUCCUUGUUGUUGAACUACGCCAGAAAUGCCGUCGGUUCACCGUUUCAACUUUCAUUUUCACUUAAUGGUGGGAGGGCUUUUUGCUCGAUGUACUUAAAGCUGGUAACAUUUCUGAGGUGUCUGAAGUCUUGGUUCUUUGGCCUGUUAAGGUUUACACAUAAUUUGUUUGCUCGUACUUGGUUUCGUCGUAUUAAUAGUAGUUUGCGGUCUACUAAACAUAUUAGUAUGGAGUCAGAUGAUGAUUGCGACUGCGAGUUGGACUCCACAUGGGAAGAUGAAGAUGAAAACAAAACACCCAAUGAGAAGCUCAAGAAGAGUCGCAGGAACAUGUAUGCAGCCAAGGACAUGCAAGACUUCCGGCAUCGUUGCCUGGAACUAGAUGAUGACUAUGAGGAGGAUUAUACCAUGGAAAAAGAAGAUGAUGCAUUUCAGAUUAAUCCCCUAUAUCAUCUGAAGUUUUACAGAGGUGAAAUAAAAGCUGCGCCAGUCGCUAUUCACAUUGAUGGUUUUCACAAAGACUGGUGGGGUCAAUAUGAUUUGCUUGAAAAGGCUCACUACUACAUUCAAUGGCUAUUUCCAAUACAAAGGAAAGUUAACAACUGGAGAAUACAUUGUCUCAGAAAAAAGGAAAUUAUGCUAUUCCGCAGAGAUGAGGAUGUAAAACAUAAGCUGAUCAAAUCAUAUAAAGUCAUGUUGGAUUUCUAUGGAAUACGUUUGGCUGAUGAAAAAACAGGAAAGGUGGAACGUGCCGAGAAUUGGAAGCAACGCUUUAACAACUUGAACAGAAAUACUCACAACAACCUGCGCAUCACACGCAUCCUGAAGUGUUUGGGGACUUUAGGAUUGGAGCACUAUCAGGCACCACUUGUCAAGUUUUUCCUCCAUGAGACUUUGUUUCAAGGACAACUUAAGAAUGUCAAACAAAGUGUACUAGAUUACUUUAUGUUUGCAGUUUUGGACAAAUCAAAGAGGAGGGAACUGAUUAGAUAUGCUUAUUUGUAUUUCAAACCCAGAAAAGACUUUGUCUGGGGCUCAAAGAAGAUUCUGAAAGUGAAAACUUAUCCUUGGGACUGCCAUCAUGAAAUGACCAAAAUACAUGCCAGUCUUCCACCUGAAGAGAUGGGAAGUGACAAUAAAAAUGAUGACCAGAAAGAUGAUGCAGUUAGUCAAAACAGACUGAAGGGAGAAUGUUCAAAGUCAUCAAAGGGAAACUAAUGGGAACAGUCAAAGUAGCUCAAAUGGUGACCAGAUAGUCCAGAGAAGAUGAAUGAAGAGAGUGAGUCAAAUGAUAAGAACAGUCUGUACAGCUUAGGCAAUGAAUGUGUAAAAGAGCAAAACCAAAAGAGUAGUGCUGAUGGUAAUAAUGAAGUCCACAUGACACCACAAAAUAAACCUAAUGGUAAUUCUGAUGAAAGUAAUCUAGCUGAAAUUAGGAAAACUAAUGAAAAUGACAUGCUAGACAACCCUGAAGUUGAAAUGAAAGAAGAUGGCAUGUCUCAUGGUGAUAAUGGUAACAAUGCUGAAAAAGAGAGGCCAGGGAGUCCAUGCAAGUUGACCGAACAAACUAAUAGUCAGGAUAAGAGGUCAAAUGUUGAGACAAAUGAUGAAGAUGAAAGUAAUCUAAAUAAUACAGCGUAUACUAAAGAAAUGUCAGCAGAACAUGAGCAGGGAUCAAAUAAUGAAAACAGUCAGUGCAACUCAGAAAAUGAAACUGUACAAGACCAAAAUCAAGAGAUGAGUGCUGAUGGUGUUGGUGAUGAGUAGUGAAAGUUUGUCCAUGAAGGGUGUACUUGUCUGACAUGGAAAAAAAGGAAACUGACAACAGAAAGUAUCAAGGCCUUUAAUGUUUUUUUUUUUUUUUGGUUGUUCCCCAAAAUAAAUUACAUGAAAUAUAUUGAAACGCCUGUAUGCCUGGGCUCAAAUUCAACUCUUUGAGAUGCAUUGCUUUGUUUUGUUUAUUUAACAGAUUGACUAAUGGAGAUUAAAAAUAGCAUGCAAAAGCUAAAUUUGCACUGUAACAAAUGUAAUGUUAUUAUUUUUUUUGUUUUAUUUUUUGUGAAGUGUUCUAAUAAGUUUGUCUUGAACUUGAUUGUUUAAUAAGAAAUGAAGUUCUGAUUAACCAAGUGAUGAUUGAUGCAAAUAAAAAUUGUAUUGAUAAAGCAAGAUCACACUUUGAAAACUGGCUCCAAUAAUUGUUAGAUUUGUAUGCUUUCUUUUGUAAUGGAUGAACCUGUUGAAGUUUGUAAAACGAUGCAGUUUUGUUUUGGGUUUUUGCUGGUGACCAAAUAAAUGUCAUAUCACUGAA